GUCAUUUUUUGGGAAAAGCCGCUCGUCCGAUCUGGUAACACUGUAUGGUGUGUGAACGUGAACUUUACGGAACUUAAUUAGAGAAACGAGUGAAGAAAAGUUGCAAAUAGACAAGCGCUGCUAAUUUUCCGUGCCGUAGAUGGGUGCAUCUGCGACGUAACGAUCCCCCGAAUUCGGUGCUCGGCACUCGAGAUGCGUAGCCAGUGCGGACUUGUGAACGCAACGCGUGUGCAGUGCAGGGCAAUAGUUGCCAUUCCCAGUAGCAGUACCACUACCACUAACAGUCCCAUUCCGAUUCCCGUUCCCAGUCGCAAUCGCAGUCGCAGCAGGGCCAAUAACAGCAGAAGCGGGCGUGGGGAGAGCGACGCAUGAGGAAAAAAUGCAUACAGAUGCGAAAAACAAGACCCAGUUGCGCCGAUAAACAAGCAAGCACUAAUUAAUUGCCAAAAAACUUCAAGACAGCAGAGUAGCCAACUGGAGCUGCAGACGAGGAAAAGCACGCAGGUCGAUCACUGAGUGAGCUGGGCUAGAGCAUGAAAGACAGCCAUGCCUUCGGCACGACCUGGUAGUCUCAAGGAUCCGGAAAUAGCCGACCUAUUCAACAAGCAUGACCCGGAGAAAAUCUUCGAGGACCUACGCGAAAUUGGCCAUGGGUCGUUCGGCGCGGUCUACUAUGCGCGAUGCAACCUCACCAAGGAGAUCGUGGCCAUCAAAAAGAUGUCCUACACCGGCAAGCAGAGUCAGGAGAAGUGGCAGGACAUUCUCAAAGAGAUACGCUUCCUUCGCCAAUUGAACCACCCAAACACCAUAGAAUACAAGGGAUGCUAUCUGCGCGAGUCGACCGCCUGGCUGGUGAUGGAGUACUGCGUGGGCUCCGCCUCGGACAUCAUCGAGGUGCACAAAAAGCCGCUGCACGAGGACGAGAUCGCUGCCAUCUGUCUGGGUGUGCUCAGUGGGUUGAGCUAUCUGCACUCGCUGGGGCGCAUCCACCGCGACAUCAAGGCGGGCAACAUCCUGCUCACGGACAACGGUGUCGUCAAGCUGGCCGAUUUCGGUAGCGCUGCCAUCAAGUGCCCGGCCAACAGUUUUGUCGGCACGCCCUAUUGGAUGGCGCCCGAGGUGAUCCUGGCCAUGGAUGAGGGCCAAUACGACGGCAAGGUGGACGUGUGGUCGCUGGGCAUCACCUGCAUCGAGCUGGCGGAGCGCAAGCCUCCCUACUUUAACAUGAACGCCAUGUCGGCGCUCUACCACAUUGCGCAGAAUGAGUCGCCAACUCUUCCGAAGAACGACUGGUCGGAUGCGUUCUGCAGCUUUGUUGAACUGUGCCUCAAGAAGAUGCCAGCAGAGCGACCCUCGUCGGCCAAGCUGUUGACCCACGCCUACGUGACCCGACCGCGAUCCGACACCGUGCUGCUGGAGCUGAUCGCCCGCACCAAAUCAGCCGUGCGCGAGCUGGACAACCUCAACUACCGCAAGAUGAAGAAGAUACUCAUGGUGGACACCUGCGAGACGGAGAGCGCCGUGGGCGACACCGACGACCAACAGGACGACCAUGCCGGUGGCGACAGCAGCAAGAGCAAUAGUAUUACUUCGGAACACUCCAUACACUCGGUGGGUGUAUCGGCAGCCAGUAGUCAGAGCUCCUCAUCCAAUUCCAUACCGGCUGCGGCCCAGAAUCAUCACCAUAUCGCUGCGCACCACCACCAGCAGGCUGCUAGCGCCGCUGCGGCGGCGGCAAUCCACCACCAUCACCAUCCACACCAGCAGCCGCCGCCCAGCUGGCCAAGCGGCCAGCAAGGACAGGCGGUUCCGCCCGGAGCCGUUUCCCGCAACUCCUCGCGUCAUCGAAAUCGGCCGCCGCUGCCCAACAUAAUGCACAGCAUGAACAACAAUGUGACGCCAACUAACUCGGCCUCGGUUGUGCCGGCACCAGCGCCUGCUCCAGUGCUUCCACCGCCUAUUUCCGUUUUGCCGCACCUAAGUGCGAUGGGCCACGUGGGAGGCGGAGGCACUGGGACCGGUGGCAGCGGUGGAGGCUCUCCGGCAUCCGGUGGACCCCUGGCGGAUCGCAUGCAGCCCAUACAGCCGCGCUACCUAACGACGCCCGCCGCCCAAGCGGCCGUGUAUGCGGCCAGCUCCGCGUCCUCGCAACAGGCCAUUUCCAACGCAGUCAACGACCACGGGCCCAACAACUUUGCCACCAUUCGCACCACCAGUAUUGUGACCAAGCAGCAAAAGGAACACAUGCAGGAGGAGAUGCACGAGCAGAUGUCCGGCUACAAGCGGAUGCGGCGCGAGCACCAGGCGCACCUGGUCAAACUGGAGGAGAAGUGCAAGGUGGACAUGGAGGCGCAUAAGACGGCCCUGGACAAGGAGUAUGACACGCUGCUCCACAACUUUACGAGGGACCUCGACCGGCUUGAGACGAAGCACCAGCAGGAUGUGGAGAGGCGGGCUAAGCAAACGAGCGCCGCCGAGAAGAAACUACACAAAGAGAUUACGCUGAAGCAGGAGAACGACCGCAAGGUGUACGACCUGAACCGCAAGAAGGAGUACAAGGCGAACAAAGAGCGCUGGAAGCGGGAGCUCUCCAUGGAUGAGUCGACGCCCAAGCGGCAGCGCGAUCUUACCCUGCAGUCGCAGAAGGACAACCUCAAGCAGCACGAGGCGCAGGAGGAGCAGCGUAUGCUCCAGGCCCAGAAGCAGUACAUCGAGCUGGAGAUGCGAAAGUUCAAGCGCAAGCGCAUGAUCAUGCAGCACGAGCACGAGGAUCAGCAGCUGCGCGACGAGCUCGAAAAGAAGGAGCAGCAACUGCAACAGGCACACGCAAUGCUUCUUAAGCACCACGAAAAGACACAGGAGCUGGAGUACCGCCAGCAGAAGAGCGUACACCAGUUGCGCGAGGAGCAGAUAAACAAGCAACACGAUACAGAGUUGCAUAAUCAAGAAGACUACAUGGAACGCAUCAAGAAGGAGCUCGAACGCAAGCAUGCGGUUGAGCUAAGGCAACAGCCGAAGAGCUUGAAGCAAAAGGAGCUCCAGAUACGCAAGCAGUUCCGGGAAACAUGCAAGACUCAGACGAAGCAAUACAAACGCUAUAAGGCCCAAGUACUGCAGACGACACCAAAGGAGCAACAGAAGGAGGUCAUCAAGCAGCUGAAGGAAGAGAAGCAUCGCAAACUGACGCUGCUGGGUGAACAGUACGAGCAAAGCAUUGCGGACAUGUUCCAAAGCCAGAGCUACAAACUAGACGAAAGCCAAGUGAUCGAGUGCCACCGUACUCACGAUCAGCUGGAGUACGAGCUGGAGAUGCUCACUGCCUACCAGAACAAGAAUAAGAAGCAGGCACAGGAACAGCGUGAUCGCGAGCGUCGGGAGCUCGAGAACCGCGUUAGCGUGCGGCGGGGCCUGCUCGAGAAUAAGAUGGACGCCGAGUUGCAGCAAUUCAACCAGGAACGCGCCGAGCGCUUGCGCAUGAAACACGAGAAGCAUACUAAAGAAUUGGAAGCAUUUGAUAAUGAAUCAAUUGCCCUAGGUUUCAGCACUUUAUCUCUGAUUGAGGUAUCUCGUGAAGCCUAUGCAGAUGAGGAGGGAAGUCUGUCUGGUUCAAUGAUUAGUUUAGCCCAUAGCAAUAGUUCAACAAGUUUUCCGGCUGGUUCGCUAUAGCAUAGACAACAACAAUGCCAACCCCCACAACAAGUGUUUAGUAAUAUGAACUACUUCAAUUUUAAUGGAAAUUAUAAAGCCAACAGUACGACAGCAACAACUAGAGCCCGACACAAGCAACAGAAAUCGCCGCUAAAACAUCAGCAGAAACAUUAGCAGCAGAAACAGUCCUGGCUAGCAAUGUUUUUGUAGGAACUAGGAACACGACACACAACCCACAACACACAACAUACAACAUACAAUACACACAACUGCGAGCAAUGCUCGGAUUGGUUGCUUAGGAAACAUUAGAACCCAAGUAUUUUCUAAAAGUUACAACAAGCAAAAGCUGCAAUAGUUUUGUAUUAAAGGAAACUCAAUCGGAGAUGGCAACAAGAUACUAAUAUUUGAAACCAUUUAAUACAAGAUCAAUCAAAAACAAAGGAAAACAAACAUAAAUAAUUAUAUAUGUAAGCAUAAAUGUCAUACACAAACAAUAACACAACAACAAACAAAAAAACAAGCAAGCAAACAAAGAUCAACAUCAAACUUUGAUAUGCAAAGUGUUUAAAUCUAAAGUCUAAUUUGAUAUUAUUACCGAAUAACUGAAUCAAUCACCAUUUUGAUUUGUUAACCAUUUAUAUAUUUGUGGUCUCGCGCUGCAAAAAUGUCACGAAAGUAAUUAGGUGUGUAUUAUUUGUUAAAACUCGCGGAAAUAGAUCAUUCAGUUGGCCCUCGCACUCGGGUGUGCGAGAUCUUUAAAUGUUAUUUUCAAUUGAUAGUCAGUCGACGGCGCUGCGAUCGCAGUUCGAAUCAGGCGCACAUCGAUUGCCAUUUUUGCAUGUUGUUAGGUUCAACAAUUUCGGUUUACGUUAUGUUUUUCUACUUUGACUCGAUUCGAUUCAAAUAAAAGUAUUUUUUUAAAUGAAAUGAGAAACAACAAAUUUUUUAUUUUACUUGCUGUACAAUAAGUUUUAUGGCCAAAAUUAUUAUAAAUCCCGCAAAUAUUAAAACGCAAAAAGAUUCAUUUUGUUUACAAUUAAUUUAGUUUUGUUUGUUAUAACAAGAAGGAUAUAAUAUAUAUAAAACUAAAAUAAGCAUAUUUUAGAGUUAAUUAAUGCAAAUUGCAAAAUGCUUAGUCAAAACAAUAAAAAUUGUAUAGAAAAUUAAAGCAUAAAAAGGUUUAAUUAUUCAAAGAUUAUGUUUACGUGGAAAUAUUAUUUAUCCUUCACUCGCAUGCUGAUCAAAACCCGCGGAAACACUACACCCACAAACCCCCAACCAUUCACGAGGAAAACGCGAAAGUAUGCAGCCGAAAAUAUUUCACUAAAAAACAUAGAAUUCUACAAAACUGAGACAAAGCAAGCAUAUAUUUCCGUUAGUCAUUAAUUAAACUAAACUAAAUUUAAAGCCACGCCCAUGAUCGCAGACGAGCGAAGGAUCGAAAUUGCAGGCGAUGAGGGGAGGCUCAUUUUCGGUAUUUCCGUUGAUAUUACACUGGAAGCACCGAGCAUCCACCAUGAUCACUAUGCCAUUUCGGAGCUAUACAUGGAUAUAUAUAUAUACCAUAGUUUGGGAAACAGAAGCGAAAUGAAGGUGGACGUGGACACGGGAAACGAGAGAGAUAGAGAUAGCUAAAAA